AAAACACAUUAUCACAUGAGAUAUUAUACGGUAUAAGCACUGUAUGAUUAUGUUAUGCAUCACAUAUAAAAAAAAUUUAAUUUAUAAAUAAUUUUUUAAAAAAUAUCUAUAUAUUAAAAUUGUUAAAUAGCAAACAAAUAUUUUAUUAUUUUAAUUAAACCUUCAAAUAAUAAGUUAAUUCAUAAUAAUGACUGCCAAACAAUUUAAAACUGUGUCUCAUGUGGUGUUUGAUAUGGACGGACUGUUAUUGGACACUGAAACUCGAUAUGAGAUUGCAAUACGAAAUGUUUUGGCCCGUUAUGACAAACCCUAUCUAAAUGAGCUAAAAGUGCGAUUGCUGGGAGUGACCGACGAAGCGGAGGCAGACAUCGUGUGCACAGAACUAGAGCUACCGAUUACUCCCAAUGAAUAUAUGGAUCAACUGAAAGAAGAAUUCAAGACUAUCUUCGAUAACGUACCACUAAUGCCCGGAGCUGAGAGACUAGUACUUCACUUACACAAACAUAACAUUCCCAUAGCAAUUGCCACUAAUACUAAAAGAGACCGAUUUGAUAGAAAAACUCGACAUUUGCAACACAUAUUCAAAUUGUUUCAUCACAUUGUCAUCUGUUCCGAUGACCCGGAGAUCACUCGUGGAAAGCCUGACCCACAGCCCUACGAGGUAUGCGCCAACAGAUUUACCGCUAAACCGCAAUCCAUGCAAAACGUUUUGGUGUUCGAGGACUCACCGACCGGAGUAACAUCGGGUUUGGCGGCCGGUUGUCAAGUGGUUUGGGUGCCGGCAGUCGAUAUCGACAAAAAUCUGGUCAAACCUACUCUAACAUUGAACUCAUUAGAAGAGUUUGAGCCACAGUUGUUUGGUUUACCAAACUUUUAA